UGAACGUCAUUUCUGUGAAAACAAUUGCUUAUGCCUGCGAAGGAGAGAGAGAAGCAGACGAGUUAAAGAAAUCCCAUCGAUUUCUUUUUCCCGCUCAUUGAUAUACAGAUAUAUAUAUAUAUAUAUAUAUAUAUAUAUAUAUCUAUCUAAUCAACACACUGCCACUAACGCCAGGUAUAUAUAUUUGCUGGUCAGAGACUGGAGCUGGAAAAGAAAAGGAUAAUAUAUGGAGGGCGACGCAGGAAGAGGUUUGGGAUGCCAGAAGAUUAUGGAUGGGAAGGGGAAUAACAAUUGGAACAGUUCGGACAAGUCUAUCCCUUCUUGUUGUUUGAAGGCUAUGUCUUCAGACCCUGAGACUGAAGCCAAAUGCCACUCAACAGUUGUUUCUGGAUGGUUCUCGGAACCUCGGUCAUGCUCUGAUAAAAAUGGCGAGCGAGUGUAUUUCAAUAACCCCAUGUGGCCAGGAGAAGCACAUUCACUGAAAGUAGAAAAUAUUUUAUACAAGGAGAAGUCAGAGUACCAAGAAGUACUGGUUUUUGAGUCUUUAGCAUAUGGGAAAGUGCUUGUUCUUGAUGGCAUUGUUCAGUUGACUGAGAAAGACGAAUGUGCUUAUCAGGAGAUGAUAGCUCAUUUGCCCCUUUGUUCGAUUCGAUCCCCCAAAAAUGUUUUGGUUGUAGGUGGUGGUGAUGGUGGAGUUCUUAGGGAAAUUUCUCGUCACACAUCUGUGGAGCUCAUUGAUAUCUGUGAGAUAGAUAAGAUGGUUAUAGAUGUCAGUAAGAAGUUUUUUCCGGAAUUAGCUGUUGGCUUUGAGGAUCCUCGUGUCUGGCUUCAUGUUGGUGAUGCCGUCGAAUUUCUACGGCAUGUGCCUGAAGGAAAGUAUGAUGCGAUAAUUGUUGAUUCAUCAGACCCAGUAGGUCCUGCACAAGAACUUGUGGAAAAGCCAUUUUUUGAGACUGUGGCGAGAGCAUUAAGGCCUGGUGGCGUUCUUUGUAACAUGGCAGAAAGUAUGUGGCUCCAUACCCAUCUUAUUCAGGAUAUGGUCUCUAUUUGCCAUCAAGCAUUUAAAGGUUCUGUUCGUUAUGCAUGGGCAAGUGUUCCUACUUAUCCGAGUGGGGUGAUUGGAUUUCUGAUAUGUGCAAAGGAGGGGCCACCAGUGGAUUUUAUGAAUCCUAUCAAUCCUAUUGAGAAGUUAGAGGGAGCACUCAAAUAUCAGAGAGAGCUUAGGUUUUACAACUCUGAGAUUCACACCGCUGCCUUUGCCUUGCCAUCUUUUGUGAAGAGGGAAGUUAGUUUUCACUGUGAUUCUGUGACUCCAUCAUAGGGAUUUGUAUUAGCAGCUCCUUUUUUUUUUUU